UAUCAGUUUCACCCAUGGCUCUCACCUUAUUGGGACUACUAGCCGUAGUUCUAGCAAUUUCAAGAACAACGGUUGCGGACCCUGAUAUCUUGACCGAUUUCAUAACCCCGAAUACUAGCUCGGUUGGAGCCUAUUUCUUCACCUAUAGCGGGCUUAGUGCGUUCUAUAACCCGAACCCAAAAAACUUCACUGUCAUUAAAGCUUCGAUGGCCGAAUUCCCGGCUCUAAACGGUCAAAGUGUGUCCUACGCGGUCCUCCAGUUCCCACCAGCCAGCGUGAACCCACCUCACACGCACCCUCGGUCUGCGGAGCUGCUAUUGGUGAUGUUGGGUACGCUCGAAGUGGGGUUCGUUGACACCAAAAACGCGAUAUUUAACAAAACGCUUCAGGUUGGGGAUAUGUUUGUGUUUCCGAAGGGACUUGUUCAUUUUCAGUAUAACCGGAACCAUAAUCAAUCCGCGAUUGCAAUCUCGGCAUUUGGGAGCGCGAAUGCGGGUUUGUUUUCGGUACCCAAGAGUGUUUUCACUACCGGGAUUGACGAUAACGUGCUUGCUAUGUCGUUUAAGACGGAUGUAGCGACGGUUCAAAAGAUCGAAAUCGGACUUAAGAAUUAGGUGUUUGAUUAUUUUGAUGUAUCU